GAUAUUUACAGCUUCUCCAUCCACCAGCCUCAGGAGGCCGGACACCUGCAGCUCGGGCACCUCUCCAUGUUACUGGCCGUGGCUGUGAGCCCGGAUGAUCGCUAUCUGGUGACCUCGGACCGAGAUGAAAAGAUUCGCGUCAGUUUUCUGGAGAAGCCACACGUGAUCGAGGCGUUCUGUCUGGGACACAGCGAGUUUGUCAGUGAGCUCUUCAUUCCUCCUAACCAUCCUCAGCUUCUUGUGUCUGGCUCUGGGGACGGAACCCUGAGGCUGUGGGACUUUACUCGAGGGAAGGAGCUGCACUGCUGUGACCUUCGCAGCCUCGAGCCUUGGUGCCGUGGAAAUGAAGAGAGGCAGGUGGCAGUGGUGAGGAUCACACACAGUUUGCAGGGGGAUUACUUGGCAGUGCUGUGUGAUAAUUUCUCUGCAGUCCAUCUUGUGAGGUUGGACGUGGAUUCCCAGCAGCUGGUACACGAGGAGACGCUGGUGCUGGAGCCGAAGGUCUGGGACGUGUCAUUUGACGAGUCGGCUCGACUCUGGGUCCUUCACCGAGACCAAGAGCAGCCGGUCACACUGUACACAGCCCGGGGGGCUCGCUGGCAGAAAAUCACAGAAGAUACAGAUUUAGAGAGAUUGUCAGACACUGUGCGCACACACUGGGAGUUGUUCCAGGGCAGGGUGAACGCUGUCAGCUGCUGCACGAACCUCUACAAAGUGACCUUGGAUAAUGUGGCCAAGUACAAGCAGAGAAAGGAGCAGCGAUUGAAGGAGCGAGGGAAUGGGUUGGCGCCCGAGGAGGACAAGAGGAGACGAGUGGAAGGGGUCAGAGAGGCAGUGGGGGACAGCUCGUCCUGACAAUGCUGACUAAGCCGCUGAGGCACUGCGGAGUGACUGCAGGCUGGAACUUUCAGACACUGAGCUAGUGUUAAUGAGACAAUCCCAUUCCUCGCCGGGAUGUUUUUACGGUUCUUGGUGGGAACGAUGUCAUGGGAAGCCCUGGCUUUAAUUUGAUGUAGCCCCUUAUCACGUCUUCAAGACAUCUCAAAGCGCUUCACAAUAUACUGUAGAGUGAAUCAACUAUAUUUUGUGGGUGAAACAACAGCCAAUUGCGCACGACAGCGUCCCACAAAUGUGGAUUGAGUGACCAAAUGUUUUUNGAAGGGGUUACAUAGUGACUUCCUGGAGCAGAAAUAAAGUGAUGUUAUUUUAUA